GCAAGAUGCUUCGGAGAUUUUGCGCUUGGCUGAGACAUGGCAUCAUUGCAGCCUGGCGCUACUCAGAACUGCACCUGAGGCAGCUGUGGAACUGACAGAGCUUGGUCAGCUGGAGCGCAAGUUUCAACAGGGCUUCACCGCCCUGGUGUCGGAGUCCUCUCUGCCAAAGAUCCAUACCAGUAUGGCCAGAGCUCAGCCACGCUGUUGCCGAUCCGUGCUCACCAGGUUUCUUCUGAGAGGACGGAGGCUCGCCGAGGAGGCGUACGCUGACGACCUCCAGGAACGAGACCUGUCCUCACGUGCCCAGAUGAACUUUCUACUUGGGUAUGAGGACUUGACGGAAGGGAAGCUCGUGUAUUGGAUGAAUGCGGACAAGGACGUUGACCGCAAUGAGCUUGGCAAAAUCACGCAAGUUCCUGGUGAUUAUGAUAAGGGCGUGCUGCUGGUGAAAUUCAGCGCCGGCAAGUUCCCUAUAGAACCGAGAUGGUUGUGUGCGGCGGACAUUCAGGUCGGUGCAUUUGUGCAGGUUGCUGGUGACUCUGACGAGGUGAUUGGAGAGGUCAAGCGCGUGGAUGAUGGCAAAGAAGUGGUUGUUGAAGUCAAAGGCGAAGACCAAAAGUACAAGCCAAAGAAGCUCAUCUUGUGCGAUUUUCAGCCCGAGAUGCUUGUGUUUUGGACCAAGGCAGAUGACGACAUCCCGAGGGGUCACCUGGGCGUGGUGUUAAAGGACUUGAAUGACUCGGGCAGGGUCAAAGUGAAGUUUCCCAAGGGAAGCUGGCGUUUUAAGCCGUCUGAGAUAGUGCGAGCACCCAUCCAGCCACAGUCGUAUGUGCAGUGGACGA